GUGACGCAGACAGAUUUGCCUUCGAACGGGCCACAAAGGGACGCGGCAGCCGCGGUGGGAGGAGCGCGAGCGAGAGAGGCGCCGCCGUUACGGAGCUGACGGAGCGCGCUGGAGACGAGUAAUGUUGAGUAUGAGUCUUGUUAUGAUUAGCGAGAAUGUAAAACUGGCCCGUGAAUAUGCGUUGCUGGGAAACUAUGAUUCUGCAAUGGUCUACUACCAAGGAGUACUUGACCAAAUGAAUAAAUACCUCUACUCUGUCAAAGAUGCAUAUCUGCAACAGAAAUGGCAACAGGUUUGGCAGGAGAUAAGUGUGGAAGCUAAGCACGUGAAGGAUAUAAUGAAAACACUGGAAAGCUUUAAAUUAGAUUGCACUCCCUUGAAAGCAGCACAGCAAGAAUUACCAGCUCGUGAUGGAGAAGUGUGGUCCUUGCCCGUUCCAGCUGAACGUAGACCUUCUCCAGGAGCCAGAAAACGUCAGUCUGUUCAGUGCAAUGAUUGCAGAGGUCACAAUAACCGUGUAAGUGCAGCGGUCAGAGGCCCUCAUCGGCCCGCCUCUCGAAAUCCUAAUGAUAAAGGGAAAGCAGUCCGUGGCCGAGAAAGGAAGGAUCAGCAGAAUAAAGGAAGAGAGGAAAAGAACAAGUCGUCAUCUGAUGUUUCAGAAUCUGAGCCAAAGAGGUUUGACGGUACUGGGUAUGAUAAAGACUUAGUAGAAGCUUUGGAAAAAGAUAUUAUUUCUCAAAAUCCCAAUGUUCGAUGGGAUGAUAUAGCUGACUUAGUUGAUGCCAAAAAAUUGCUCAAAGAAGCUGUAGUCUUACCAAUGUGGAUGCCAGAAUUCUUUAAGGGAAUUAGAAGACCAUGGAAGGGUGUGCUGAUGGUUGGUCCACCUGGUACUGGAAAGACUCUCCUUGCAAAAGCUGUAGCUACUGAAUGCAAAACAACAUUUUUCAACAUCUCUUCAUCAACACUUACUUCAAAAUACAGAGGAGAAUCUGAGAAACUUGUCCGCCUGCUGUUUGAAAUGGCUCGAUUUUAUGCACCAACAACUAUAUUUAUUGAUGAGAUAGACUCUAUCUGUAGUCGCAGAGGAACCUCGGAGGAGCAUGAAGCCAGCCGACGGGUGAAGGCAGAACUACUGGUUCAGAUGGAUGGUGUUGGAGGGGCUGCUGAAAAUGAUGAUCCUUCCAAAAUGGUUAUGGUACUUGCUGCUACUAAUUUUCCUUGGGAUAUUGAUGAGGCCCUAAGACGACGACUAGAAAAGAGAAUUUACAUUCCUUUACCAUCAGAAGAGACCUUUGAACUUUGGAGGCACUUUACCUUGAAUUUAUUGUAUUGUUUGGUUGAAUGCAUUCAUGGUCUGGAUAUGGAAGAUAGCUGCCAAGUGAUGAAGAGAGUGCAUCAAGUUCCAUAACACCACAGACAAAGCAUUAAAUUGGCAGGUACGUGUGGGUAUAAGGCCAAUGGAUACAGAGAUUAACCUAGAACGGAGAGGUGAAAAACAAUGUAAGGACUAUAAUUGAUUUGAAUUUCAAAAAUAGGAAUGCAAAGUUAACAAUCCUAAAAAGUGACCUGACUUUCAGAAAUGCUGAAUGCCUAGCUGCAACCUCUUAAGUCUAAGGAGGUUGUGGAAGCUCCUUCACUGGAGGCUCUCAAAAGGAGGCAGGAUAGCCAUCUGUCUUGAAUGGUUUAGACACAACAAAUCCCACAUCUUUGCAAGGAGUUAGACUAGAUGACCCUUGUGGUUCCUUCUGACCCUAUCAUUCUAAGUCAAUUUGCGAUCGGCGCUUCUGAAAAUCAGGCAACUUGUUAUGAUCCUAAAUACAGACUUAGGAACUUAACUUUGGGCUCUUGUUUCUGAAAAUAUUUGCCUUCUGAAUUGGGCUUUAGAUUUAGAUGCAGAAUAGAGCAAAGGAGGACUAAAACUAAUUAGAGCCACCCUGCGUGUAUCUUAUCUCUUGAAUUACGGUAUUAUAGACAUGAUAUUUUUUGUGUGUUUUUU